CAUACGGCACAGGGAAGCAGCAGCGUGGGCGUGUCCAGCCGAACCCACCGCUGCUAGCUCAACUAGCGCGAUUUGUUUUGAUUUCGAUGUGUUUAGAUGGUUUUUGUUUUAGUUUUCCGUGUGGAGUUAUUCGCGAACACACAGCGCGAGCGCGGAAGCGUCGUGAAGCUCUGGCCUGAUGGAUGUCCAGUGGCGUUAGGCUGACGCGCGCUGACACAUGCGCGUCCAUCGCAUCGCAGCGCAGCAAUAAUCGCUCGUAAGCCCGUAUAAGCACAUUAAUCGGUGGGCCGGUGAAGUUCUCGCGGAAGCAUUAAUGUUGUCGACAGUCACCCCUGAUCUGUCUCCAGAGACUCCCCUACUCGGAUCCCUUCCGCUCCCGGCGCCUCGACCCCAAGCAGCGAGCGCUGCCGUCCCCGCGGCCCCCGUCCCGCGAGCUCACCGGAAGCAUAGCGAAGCAGGACACGGCAGCCAGCCGGCGCGCGGCAGCAUGGAGGUGGGCAUGCGCGUGGUCCGCGGCGUGGACUGGAAAUGGGGCAACCAGGAUGAAGGAGAGGGGCACAUUGGCACAGUGGUGGAGAUCGGCCGGCAGGGCAGCACCACCACGCCCGACAAAACUGUGGUUGUGCAGUGGGACAGCGGAACUCGGACAAACUACCGCACCGGCUACCAGGGCGCAUACGACCUGCUUCUGUACGACAACGCACAGAUAGGUGUCCGACAUUCAAAUAUCAUUUGUGACAGUUGUAAGAAGCACGGCAUUAUGGGAAUGCGCUGGAAGUGUAAGGUGUGUUUCGAUUACGACCUGUGCACUCAGUGUUACAUGAACAACAAGCACGACCUGACGCACGCCUUCGAGCGCUACGAGACGGCGCAUUCACAACCAGUGAGCUUGACGCCGAGGCAGAACCUGUCCAGAAUCAUCCUGAAGGGAAUCUUCCAGGGUGUGAAGGUGGUCCGGGGACCCGACUGGGACUGGGGCAACCAAGACGGAGGCGAAGGGAAGGUUGGGAAGGUGGUGGAUAUUCGUGGUUGGGAUCAGGAAUCGGGUCGAAGUGUGGCGAGUGUCACCUGGUCCAAUGGAACCACAAAUGUCUACAGAAUGGGUCACAAGGGCAAGGUGGAUCUCAAAUACGUGUCUGAUGUACAGGGAGGAUUCUACUACAAGGAGCACCUGCCCAAACUAGGCGAGCACGCGGAGCUGCAGAGGCAGGAGAGCGCAGACACUCACUCGUUUCAGCAGGGUGAUAAGGUCAAGUGUCUGCUGGAGGUGGACAUACUCCGACAGAUGCAGGAGGGUCACGGAGGCUGGAAUCCCAAAAUGGCAGAGUACAUCUCCAGAAUCGGGACUGUGCACAGAAUAACAGACCGCGGAGACGUGCGAGUCCAGUAUAGUAACAACAUCCGCUGGACGUUCCACCCUGGAGCUCUGACCAAGGUCAAUACAUUUGCAGUGGGCGAGCUGGUGAAGGUUCUGGAUGACAUUGACAGUGUGAAGAGACUUCAGGUUGGCCAUGGCGAGUGGACAGACAGCAUGGCUCCUGCGUUGGGUCAGGUUGGGAAGGUUUUGAAAGUGUAUGCAGACGGGGACCUGCGUGUGGCGUUUGGAGGUCAGACGUGGACCUUUAACCCCGCGUGUCUCUCCGCCCAACCUGGUGAGGUUGACGCCAAUCUGAUGACGGCUGAGAACUCCAGCGAAUCAGGAAGUACGGUCAUUUCAGUCCUGGAGAAGUUGCUGUCUCAGUCGACAGAGCAGGAUCAUCCAGGACGGCUGGUUAUCGAGGCAGCGCAUGGGAGUGCUGCUAAAGUGCGCGAACUGGUGCAAAAAUACCCUGACAAGGUGGAUAUAAAGAACCAGGGUAAGACCGCUCUGCAGGUUGCCGCCCAUCAGGGGCACGUGGAGGUGGUCAAGGUUCUGCUUCAGGCCAACAGCAGCAUUGAAACUAAAGAUGAGGAUGGAGACGCCGCUCUACACUACACAGCGUUCGGGAAUCAGGCAGAGAUUGCGCGUUUGCUGCUCAGUAAAGGAGCCAGUGUGAACCUGCUGAAUAACUCCAUGUGUACGGCACUGCACAUCGCUGUCAAUAAGGGCUUCACGGAUGUGGUGAGAGUGCUGACGGAGCACUCGGCAGACGUCAACCUGCAGGAUUCAUAUGGAGAUACACCCUUACAUGACGCCAUUGCUAAAGACUUCAGGAGCAUCAUUGAGAUUCUGACUGUGGUGCCCAAUAUCGAUUUCACCCAGCAGAACAACCGCGGGUUUAACCUGCUGCACCACGCGGCUCUGAAGGGCAACAAACUCGCGACGGAGAUGAUCUUGGCUCGAGCGCGACAGCUGGCUGACGUUAAGAAGGAAGAUGGUUUCUCUGCGCUGCAUCUGGCCGCCCUGAACAACCACCGUGAUGUGGCUGAGAUUCUCCUCAAAGAGGGUCGCUGUGACAUCAACAUCCGCAACAAUCGGAAUCAGACGCCGCUCCAGCUGGCCGUGACUCAGGGUCACGUGGCUCUAGUGGCCCUGCUGGUGACGGAGGGGGCAGACGUCAACGCAGAGGAUGAGGACGGAGACACGGCCAUGCACACGGCUCUCAGCCGCCAGCAGCUGGCCACCGUCAUGAGCAGCGGGGAGGGCGAGGGCGCCGUGCUGUACGGCCGGUUGUGUAGCUCAGGGCUGAUGGGAAACACAGAGCUGAACGUCGGCGCUGCUAUCGCUUGCUUCUUGGCACAGGAAGGGGCUGAUAUCAAUUAUGCCAACCAUAAAGGUAAAAGCCCACUGGACCUGGUCACAGACAGCAGCGUACAAACACUCAUCAGGAGCUUCGCGGAAAAACACAGACUUCAGGCCAUCACGUGUGGCACGGGCACUAGCAGCAGCAGUCUCAGGCGGGUACACACUACGCCCAACACCAUGACCAACCUGGCCGUGCCCAGCGUGACGGGCCCCAGCGAGUGCCUCAUCUGCUCCGAGCUCGCGCUGCUAGUGCUGUUCUCUCCCUGUCAGCACAGCGUCGCCUGCGAGGAAUGUGCUCACAGAAUGAAGAAAUGCAUCCGCUGCCAGGUGACGAUAACAAAGAAAAUUCGACAAGACCAAACGGAGGUGGAGUGCAGCCCGAGCUCGGAGAACUCCGAGCAGCACAACCUGCUGGAGCAGCUGCAGUCGCGCUACAGGCAGAUGGAGGAGCGCAUCACAUGCCCCAUCUGCAUCGACAACCACAUCAAGCUGGUGUUCCAGUGCGGCCACGCCUCCUGCAUCGACUGCAGCGCCGCGCUCAAAACCUGCCCCAUCUGCCGACAGACCAUCCGCGAGCGGAUCCAGCUGUUCGUCUGACAGAGCCGCGGCGUGGCGAUCGUGUGGCCGUUCUCGAAGCGAACUGAGGGGAAGACGGUUGGCUGCUUGUGCUUCAUAGUCUGUCCUGUCCCGAGCGUCAUCAUUUAGCCAGGACUGCGCCGGGCUCUCGUGCGGGACCGGAGGGUGUGAGACUCGAUUGUCUCGCCUUGAAAAUCAUCGUGAAAUUCGAUUCAGGAGAAUUUGGACCUUGUUGACAAUGUUUCCGAGUAGCAUGAGGACGUCUGCUCCGACGACUGGCAAAACAUCUGUAACCACAGUAUUAGCGAGCGAAGAGGAGUUUAUCGGCUCACAGGAGAUCAUCAGAUGUACUCCGUACCGCUGAUUAUAGUGAACGCAACACAUACCCAGCAUGCAACGUACUGUAAGCUGACAUGUCACAUCAGCCCCGCGCAAAACCUGGGCCAUAUUUUACCCUAAAAUCCAAAGAAAGAAACUGCUUUGUAAGAAUAUUUAUUUUAUUUUGUGACAUUUUCACCCUUAAUUCUCAUUACUUUGAUGAAGUGUUUAUGGUAGUACGGUAUUUGUUUUACUCUUGCUAUAAUUUAUGAAAUGAAACAGAAACAUUAUUGCAGCACAUUUACAAUGAAUAUAAUUCUCCUCAAAACGUGUCAAAUGUCAUUUAUUAUUUUUGUUCGCUUGGUUUUGGGGUGAAAUAUGGCGUGUUUCUCCAAACUCUAACUUCGUUCUAAGCCAGAUCUGAUCCACAGCACUCAUCAGUCCCUGAGAACGGCGUGAAUAUCAUCGGCAGCGUUUUGUGCCGUUGUUCGUCAGAGAGUGAUGUUGUACAGAUGCCUGUACCAUAUGCCUGUACCGUACCACGCGCAGAUAUAGGAUUUACUGAAGCUUUCCACGAGCAAGAGAUAUACAUACUGCAUGCUGGUGAGCGUAUUAUCUACAUCAUAUAUUGUGUCACCGAUACCAUUCGUAGUGUUAUAAGUACAGACGACCUGUGAUUUCUACCUGUGUGUGAUAACGGCUCUGUGUCUGUGCGAGGGUCCGACUGAAAAGGCGCUCAAGACCCUUAAAUGCAUAAAAGUAGAUUAAAUUGUGUCAGCAAAGGUGCUGAAUGCUUCCCAA